AUGAAGACACCAGCUGCAUACUGUGGCAUUCCACGGGCGCUCGACGUCUCUGCAUAUGCUGCUGCACGUCUGAGAGAGUUGUGGCGACUGCAGCACGUCGUUCGAGCAGAGCAAUGGCCCAACGUGAGCCGUAAUAGAGCGCGGGCGGGUCGCUCAACGCGUCGUGUGUUCCAGUUAUUGCCGUGGCAUGCUCGUCGUCGAACGAUGUCUUUCAGCACUCAUCGUGUUCCGCGACCCUUCCGACACCUAGCUUGGGUUGAACUUUCGAAACAGCCGGCUGCUAGCCGCCGUUCAAGGCGUUCAAAGCUUACCAAGAAGGAACACUAUCGUCGUCGGCGAUGGACUCGACGCGCCUACCGAAAGAGCGCCUUUCUUGUGAGAGAUCGCUCCGAAGUAACGAGUCCAUAUGGCUGGCUCGAAACCCAUGUCUGGCAUGCGAAACGGAUGCAUAUGUUUGAACCGUGCUGGGGCGGUCGACUCGCUUGGGCGCCCUGUGACCGAGGACUCAGAAGUUUCUGGCGCUGCGUAUCCCGUGGUCAGUCUGAUAAGCGCUGGAGACUCUGCAACGAUAUCUGCGCUAUAUAUGAUGCAUCGUGGUAUCGGGUGAUUGAAAUUCCUGAAUACGUCGCACGCCAUGUCCUACCGGGGCUCGUUGGAGAACGCACUUGGGCACGGCUUUGUUGUCAACCGGUCUGGCUUGGCUUGAAACGACUGGAAAAUACCGCUAUCUGGGAUGAGUCAGGACGGAUGAUUGCUGCACAGGUGGAGUGGCUCUGGGAACCGCCCUCAUUACCGAUGUCGUCAGAGUCACGAAGAGAACCGGCUCCAGAGGGUACGCAACCCAUGGAAAUCGAACAAACCGCAAGCAACGAGUCGGGGCACCUUGCUGGCCAUUCGAAACGGCGUCUCUGGGCAAUGGUACAUCCACUCGUAAAAGACGCUGUUCUGGAGUUGCUGCAAAGGGGCGUAUCACGGAUGUUGGCUUCCAGUCGACACGAGGCAGCUCCCGCGGAAGUGCAUGCCACAACGCUUGAUGAACCUCUGGUAUCGGGAACGCGCCCAAAGAGGCAGGAGGGAACCAGUGCUUUGCGAUGCGCUGCACAAAUGGAGCGCUCCCCAGACGCCCAAGAGCACACAAGUACCUGGUCAAAUACCCCGGACACUGUGCAGGAGUUACCUGAUGGUCUGGUUCGCUUCGAGUUGUACGGGAAGCGCUCCACAGAAGCGCUUCACCGAGCCCUGUUGAACGCCAACGCGCAAGGUCGAGACUGGAUAGCAUUCAGCCAGCUUGCGUCGCGGCUGGUAUCUGCCGACAGCGUCAGCGGACAGAGCGUGUUUCAUCUGCAUUGCGCAGAUCCUCGACUGUUUUACCCUCCUAGAGUCCGAGUACCUGGACAAAGUCUAUCGCAGACGCAAGCCGAUUACAACUAUGAUGCCUUCGGGACGUAUCUGCGCGCGGCGAGCGACUGGAAACGAAACUCCAGCCUGCCGGCCGCUAUGCACGCGAGAACGCUCUUUGAUACCACCUGGCGCAAUGAGCUGGUGCUGAACGGCGUACGCGCUCUACCAGAAAGGUCAUCUACUCGUAUCCUCAGGUGGAAGCGGCGCCUAGCACGAGCAGAGGCUGCCUUGCAAGCAACGCAUAGUCGCCGGCCUGUUGCUGGAACGUGCGCUGCCGUCGUGCCGCGGACGUCAUCCACAGCGCCUCCGCUCAAAAAGCGCCGCGUAGAGCCAGCACCUGCCGGGACGUUGUCGUCAAGCGCAGCUCUGGAAGCAUCACGCGUGCUUGCAGGUGAAGCGCUCAGUGGAUUGGCUGCUGCGCAGGCCGGUGAGCACUCGACUUUGCUGCGCAUACCCGUCGUGCUGCUGCAUCGUCCAGCACAGGCGAGACGUCGAUGGGACUCGGGCUGGGAUGUGCUGCUCCCCAAGCGUUGGGCGAUGCCGUUCUGGAGCUCCCUGUGCUACGCGGGUGCUCGCGGUGUUGGUCUACGAGAGCGACGCUACGUCUAUCACGAAUCGGGCCGCUGUCAUUUCCCAGAGGACUUUCCGGAGUGUAGGGAAGCGUACACACGCUGGGCUCAGCGCGACAUUGAACGCGCUGCUGAGCAAUGGAAACGAAGACCUCCGAGCAAAAGAGUGAAUUUUACCCUGUACAGAGUACCGGAGCCUUUUGGUGUCGCCGAUUGGCUCACGACGUCACUCUCUUCGGCGGGUAACGCGGCAGGAGCUGCCACCGCUGCUGUCGCUGGUGAAGAGUUGCAUGUGCUUCGUUCGCGACAGGCCUUGAUCGCACACGAUGCGUACCAAACUGCAUCGCAUUCCGAGCAGCAUCCCGUGUCCAGAGCUCGUUAUCUUGUUCGAGUUCGUUUGCAUCCGAUCGGGCGAGCACCGCUGGCGACCAACGCUCUGAUAUGUUUGCCGCAUACCGAGGACCUGGGCCUGGACGCCAGCACUAGUCACGCUCGAGUCGAUGCGGUUCGGGAACAGCGCCCAGUGCCGGUCAUCGAAGAACCUCGGGGUACGCACAACGACCACCAGUCAACAAGACAGGUCAUCGGGCGACUGACCUGCAGUCAGUAUUCGUGGAGCGACGGUUGUGUACGUGCAUAUGGUUUCGUCGAUGUGGAUACCCUGAACGUAUGUGCUGGUUUCGGAUCUGCCAGCCAGAGACGCGCUGAACACCCGGUGGUGCUGGUACGCAACGUCACCAGCCGGGUGUAUCGUUGGGCUCGACUCGAGCCGCUCUUCGACGAGGAUACAUAG